AUGUUACAAGAAAUUGAAACCGCUGAAAAUACACCUUUAUUAUUAUCCUCUUCAACCAAUAACAACGACAAUGUCAUAAAUAAUAACGAUGUGUUGGAAGAUAUUGCAUUAUUACAACAAGAGGAUGAUCAGCAAAAUAAGAUUUUGGACCUUCAUGAGGGUGUCUUUGUAACAAAGAAAGCUAUCCCUGUAUUAUUAACUUAUAUACUACAGUACUCUUUACAAGGAUCAAUUGAAUUAGCUGCUUCUGCUUUAGGAUCAAUGUAUGCAACAGUAACAGGAUGGUCAGUUUUAUUUGGUGCAGCUACUGCUCUAGAUACACUUGCUUCUCAAGCUUACACAUCUGGAAAUCCUAAAAUGGUAGGUGUGUUUUUACAACGUGGAUUAGCAAUCAUACUAUUGGGUUUUAUCCCAAUUGCUGUGUCUUGGUGGGAGGCAGAACGAAUACUGGUCUUUUUGGGCCAAGAUCAUGAAAUUGCUCGACUGUCUGCCUUAUUCACAAGAUAUUUAUUGAUUGGUGCUCCUGCUUUAUUGACUUUCGAAGCUUUAAAAAAAUAUUUACAAGCUCAAGGAAUUAUGAAGGCCAGCACAUAUGUUUUAAUAAUAUGUUCUCCAAUAAAUAUAAUAUUGAACUAUGCUUUAGUUUGGUAUCAACCUGUAUCACUUGGAUUUAUUGUAUGGGGUGGUUGGACUUACAUGGCUUUUCGUGAUUGGUUACCUUUUCUUAAAUUGGCUUUGCCUGGUGUCAUAAUGGUUUGUGCUGAAUGGUGGGCAUUUGAAUUAGCAGCUCUUGCUGCAGGUUAUCUUGGUAGUAUUGCUUUGGCAGCUCAAAGUAUAGUUUUAACAACUGCCUGUCUAUUUUAUCAAAUUCCAUUUGGUAUUGCUGUUUCUAGUUCAAAUCGUGUUGGUAACUUAUUAGGUGCUGGUUUAGAUAGUAGAGCAAGAAUUGCAUCAAAUGUCUCUUUAGUAUUGGCUGUUCUUGUUUCUGUGUUUAAUUCUAUUAUCUUGUUACUUCUAAAAGAUUCAUGGGGAUAUCUAUUUACAGAAGAUAAAGAAGUUAUAGAUUUAGUUAGUUCAAUAUUACCAUUAUGUGCCUGUUUCCAAAUUUCAGAUGCAAUUUCUGCUGUUGGUGGUGGAAUUCUUCGUGGCCAAGGCCGUCAAAAAAUAGGUGCCUAUCUAAAUUUGCCUGUUUACUACUUGAUAGCAUUUCCAGUUGGCACAUUAUUAGCUUUUAAAUAUCAUUGGGGUCUCAAAGGUCUUUGGGUUGGAUUGGCAAUUGCAUCAUUGGCUGUAGGUGUUGGUAUUAUUAUUGCUAUUUUGUGUACUGAUUGGAAAUAUGAAGUUGAAAAAGUUAAACUUAGA